UUAUUUGUUUUAGAAAAUAUUUAAAAUUCAAGUUAAAUAAUUUGUCUUAUUGCUAAAACUGGCCCGAAUAUUAAAAUUUUCUGGUUGAACAGAAUAUAGAUUUGAACCAGGCGGGGUUGUGCGUCUAAUAGGAGAGAUGACAGCUGCUGCCAAUGUUUUGCUAUUAUUUUGGCAAAGAUAUUUAGGAUAAUGUCUGCCAAGGUGCUGAAGUUUUACAGCCUAUGGGCUGUAAUUUAAUGAAUUUCCCCAAUAAACUGAACCAGUUACCUUGUUAUAAUUACUUAAAGAUUUUAUUUUAAUGAUUAUUGUAAAGCCUUGUUGAAUUGUUUAUUCGACCAGCUGGAGUUGACACUCAGACGACAGGACCCUUCUUUAUAACGUCAGAAUGAAAAUUACUACUUUACUUCUAAAUUUAGAUUAGGUAAGCGAAUUAUUACCUUUAUGAUCACUAUGUAUUAUGUGAUUUAAUGCGGCAUUAGAAAGACAACUCAUCCCUUCAGAAAGAAAAAAUUGAGGAGAUGAGCGUCUUUGUUCUAUUGUUUUGGGUUGUCAGCUGUCAUGUACGUGUUUCAGCUUGCACACCAGACUAAUGACCUUGCUUGAAUUAAAGAAUUAUGUUAAUAGAUAAUAGAUACAAACCAUUAUUUCUGUAUUUUAGAUGUUUUCUUUUCUGCUUUCAAUAAAUCAAUAUCAACCAUUAAGGUGUUCACUUGGCUUCCAUAGAAUGGAAACAAGUUCCAUUGUUGUUAUUAGUGUAGAACUACUAAAAAAUAGCUUAUAUUAAGCUAUUAUAAAGAGAAGAUAUGCUCAAUUGACAAAAUAGUGAGCUAUAUUAGCUCAAGCUUUAUUACACCUCUAGUAAAAAAAAAGGCCAAUGAAUGAUGCUGUAUAUAUUUCUCGUGGACACGGGAAAUAUGCUUUCCGUGGAUAUGAAUUUGGCCCUGGAGGAUUGUAUUGUGCUGAAAGAAGCCAUAAAGAAAAUCACUGGAAUUCCAGUUGAUAAACAGGUCCUUCUUGCAAGCGGUGGUGAAAGCUUAGAGCAUAAUGUCAGAGUUUGUUCAUAUUCUGCAGGAACUGACACCAAUCCAAUUUAUCUCUUCAGCAAGGAAUCUAUUGAUGCUACUUCUCCACCACUUGCUAGUAUUGAUUCUAUUCCAAAUGCGGACCUGAAAGAAGAAGUUGACGCUUCCCUGAAUUUGCCACCAACAAUACAGACUGUUAACAUGAGGUGUCAGUUGGCUCAGCAAAUAUGUGAGCAAGCUAAACAGAUCAGUUGGGUUUGUGAUAAGCUUAUCCACGAACAGCAUCUUCAACAUCAGGGAUGGGCAGCAGUUAUGGCAAAUUUAGAAGAUGUUACUGCUGAGUUUUCAAAUAGGAAUGCAAUAUUUGAGGCAGCCUACACACAAUAUUUGGAAACAAGGCCUCAGUAUUUAGAAAUGCUAGAUAAUUUCAGCAAUGAUAUUGGAUUUUUAUCACAAAUUCCUAUUUUACCUGUAUUGACUGAAACAAUGGGAGAGGUAACCAAUGAAGAACCAUCAAUAGAAGGUUCUGAAAAAAACCAAGCAACUAGCACUGAAGGAAAAAAGAAAAUUCCUACAACCUUACUGGAGUGGGUUUCUGAAAAAGACAGCCAGUUCAGUGUUGACCGAAUUGCUGAGCUCUGUCGCAAAGGGCUUGAACAGUUCAAUGAAACUAUACUGGAAGGAUUGAAAAGUGAUGCUGAGUAUCCCUUAAAUAAUGUCAAGGGUCUUAAGGUCGGUAAGUUCGAUGUGAUUAUAAUGGAGGAAAUAAAAACAGAAGUAAAAACAGCACUUGAGAUUUCUAAAAAAUGCCAUUACAGGGAAAUUAAAGGCUUAGGAGAGCGCCUGUUUGGUCUAGACAAGUUAAAAGUAGAAGCUAAGAAGUUAUAUCAAGAACAGGUGGAUUUAGCACAGGCAUUUGUUCAUAACCAAUUAAGAGCAAAUAAUUUGGGUGAUGCUAGUAUUCUUCCUGACCUUUGUGCAUCUCACAAAAAACAGCUGAUGGUAAUGCUAAAAAACCACAUGCAAUUGAGAGAUUUAAAGAGAAGAAUUUAUAAAGCAAAGCAAGAGUUGGUUAUUAACCUUCAUCACCGAUUAAAGUGGGUCAUGUUUACGGAAUGUCGCAUCAACGAACUUGAGAUGAAGCUAAUGAUGUACCGUGAAUGCCUGAAACGAUUGAGGAAGCACCUGACAAUAUUGCAGCAGCUCCACAUGGCUCCAUCGGUCUACAUGACAGCUGUGUCUGAAGUUGUUCGUCGGCGAGAUUUCUCUCAGGCAUUUCUUGUGUGGGCUAAUGACCUGGCUUGUCAGUUAUGCGCCAUAUAUUCUGAAGAAGUUGCUCGUCGGAAAAACUUUCAUUCUCAGUUUGAAGGACACUUUUUGUCAUCAUUAUUUCCUGGCCUUGAGGACAUGCCUCCUUCAUUUGCAACACAGCCUCCUGAACCAUUUGAUGAUUGCUUGCCUAAGUUGACUGUUGAAGAUAUUGAAACUCUUAAGACCCAGCUGCCAAGAUUAGAACUGUUGGUAUCAGUUCCAGAUACAUCAUCGAUCACUCAAUUUUUUUUCAGUAGAUCUUCUACCAAUCUUAGACCUGAGCCUCCGAAUCCCACUGCUUCCAUUGAAGACAGAAUUGUUGAAGCUGUCACAGCAGCAGGGCUUAGCAGUAAUUUGGAUCCUGCGUUGUUGCAGCCUGCGACGGAAUGUAGCCAAUCGUUAGUGCAGUCAGCUACUACAACAACUCAGCCUAUCAGCAGUGAUAGGCAUAAAAAUAUACUUUACAGGGGAUUUGAAUCGGAAACAGACACCGAGGAGUUUGAAAAAUUUGUACAGAGUCCAGGUGAUGCUUGUGUUGAGAAGCAACUAGAUCCUAUCAAUCAUGACAAGGAGGAAGUGAUAUGUGCCAAAAGGGAAGCAGAUACAAAAGAAUUGCAAAAUCGUCUGGACAGAAUGGGCUCUACAGUAGGCGAAGCAAUGGCUGGGUUGAAGACAGAUGUUGGUGAUCUCAAACAGUGGAUUCUCUGUGAGCGUACUGAACUGGAGUGCCUUAUAUCGCAGAUUCAUGAAGCUUGGUCUCGACAGCAUGACUCUCUUUUAAAGGAAAUUGAUGAAAAAAAAUGGGCUCUAGAGAAGUUAAACCAAUCUAGAGAUAAACUUGCAAAAGAAUUAAGCAGAUUACAAGAAGAAAUAAAAGUUAAAGAAAAAAUGAGGACUCAAGAUAGCAAGCCAGCUGCAGUGUUAAAAAAAACUAAUGUAGACCCAAAACCUCGCCAUGCCACUCGUAGUGUGUCUGAGUCUCAUAUUGGCUUUGCUGAGGGUCCAAGAUUAGAAUUAAAGGAUCACGAUGAAAUAGUGGCUCGAUUAAAGGAACAGUUGGCCAUAGAAAGGGAGAGAGCUGUCCAGGAAGAAAGAAUGAGGUGUGAAGCUAGGCUCAACCAGCAGCUUGCACAGGCUGCCAUCAAAGCUGAUGCUGACAAGCAGGCUCUGUUCAAUGAAUCUUUUCGUCGUUUUUUCGACAAAAAAUUUGAAAGUAUGAGGUCGCUUUCUCAAGACUUUGAUCUAAACAGGUCAGAUCUUUUUGGAGAUCCAUCAAUGUUUUCAGAUACCAUGAUGAAAACACCCAGUACUGUUGAGGAAAAAAUCAAUAAGAUUGACUUGGUGAGAAGUAUGGCAUUAUCUUCAUCUCCUAAAUCUAGACAGAAGGAAGCCAGUCCAUCAUCCUCAAUAGUUACAAUAGAAUCUAAUCAAUCACUAGUUCGUGAUGCUGCUACCAGCCCUGAACCGUCACCUAGAAAGUCCCGAGUGUCAAAGGAAAAAUUGUCUGAAAGUACAAAUAGUCUCAUUCAACAGGGAAAGAUUAGUGUUGGAUCAUGUAAUGAAGGUGAUAUAGUCCUGGUAAUCUGGGACGAAAAUUUUGGAACAUACACAAUUCUUCAAGAGACAAGUUCUUACACUUAUUUUCUUCAUUUGGAUUCUCUGUGUUUACUAGGCCUUCGAGCAAAUCCACGGAAGCAGUAUGUAAUUGGUGAAGUGGUUAAUAAAGAAUAUUGCCAGGCUAAGAAGGCUGAGAACAGAUAUAAUGUUCCGGUAGGUUCAAGGUUUUACAGAGUGCGAGUGAGGCCUUUGCAUGUAAAGGGACAUUCGGCAUCUCAACAUGCCCAUAGUUCAUCUUAAACUUCAUCUAUUAUACCAUCCCUUUAGCGAUCAAUAACAGUUUAAAAGUCAUGGUCUCAUCCUUAUAGGUGGGGCAUUGUAAGUAUAGUCAUCUUAAAUUAAUUCAAAUACUGAAUUUCAAAUAGUUAUUCUAUAUAAAGUUAUAGUUAACGAAUUAACCUUUUGGUAUUAGUUUAUAUACACCCACAUGGACACUUCACACUUAUAUACCUACAGAACUCAUUCACAUGUAUAUAUUAUUCUUUAUUAAUAUAUACAUUUAUUUAUAAAUGUUUUAUACGUGUAACACGCAUAUAAUUAUGUAUUGUUUGUACAUAAGUUUUAGCAAUAUAUCAGUAACCAACAUUUUUUUUUUUUUAUGUAGUUUUCCUAUUAGUUUAAGAAAGACUUAUUUUUUUGUUGAUCUUAGAAUUAUUAAAAAAUUGUUGUAUUGUCUUGUACAUAUUAUUAAAUAAUAAUAUUAUCGCAAUAUUUUUGCAUUAGGGAAUGUGUAAUUUUACUACAAUUCUAUAUUAUUGUAAAUACUUUUAUUUGUUGUUUUUUUUUUGACUGAAUAGAAAAGUUUAAAAAUACAAUAUGUCUGUUGUAUACAAUACUUCUGUAUACUUUUUUAAUAUUUAUUUUUAAUCUUCAAUAGUUCAUAUAUAUUUUAUGAAACUAAUUCCUCAAGUGCCUUUAAACAUUUCAAAAUAAUUUUAUUUGAGUUAUUCUUAUUUAGUAUAGCAUCACUUUAAUGCAAUGUUAGCAUUGUAAUUUAAAUUCUUUUGCUGCCAAUAUAAGUUCCUAGGAAUAGUCCUCAGUUAGGUCCUCGACGUUUAAAUGCUGAAUGUUUUUUCUGUCUCUAUUAAUCUAUCAACUUAAAUAUUUUCUAAUAUCUUAUUUAAUUGAAAUUUGGAGCAUAUUUUAUAAUCCAUUUUAUAUAUUAUUGAACAUGUGUGCCUGAUUUUUAUCUAUUUGUACCUGAUCAGCUACUAGACAGGUGAAUUAUCUUAUUCACGUUCUAAUUUCUAAAAUGUUUACAAAACUUUUCAUACCAAUUGUUUUAACACAGUAUUAAGUAUUGAGAUGAAUUUUAUUUUCAUGGGAUCAAUAAUUAAAAUCAUGUAUUGUGUAACUGUUUCAAAGACAAUUGUAUGCAUUCUACUAUCUGUUCGGGAAUAUAGACUUAUUUCAUGUAAUUAAUUAUGUGCUUCCAUUCAGAAUGCUUUGAUUUUUUGCAAUUCGAUUAAAGUAAUCAAUUAAUAUAUAAAUUAUAAUUGAAGAUUGUCAAGUAGCUCUUAAUCUUGCAUGAUUGAUCGAUGAAUGAACGGAUAAAAUUAAUGUUAUAGGCAUGCUUGUGAGUAACACCCUUUUUCAUCAUAAUAAAUUCUGCUAAGAAGUAGUGCGCUUUUGUAUCCUACGAGUGUAUAAAAUAUGUACGAGUUUAUUUUCACUGUGAUAAUGAAAAUGACUACUAUCUCUAUAUGUAAUAUAUAGCUCAUAUGUGCUAAUAAAUAUCUCCUCGCGCUCAUCAGGAGUCCAGUCAUGUUAUAUAAAGUGUGAUUUAUAGAAUUUAAUUUUAUACUUAUAAUAAGCAUUAUUUUUUUUGGCCACUUUAUUGCUACCUUUAUUUGUGUUGUAACUAAUAAAUAAAAUAGUACUUAAUCUGUAUUUUUUCUUUAUAGGUAAUAAUGUAAUUAAAUUAUCUAAAACAUGGUGAUAAAAUAGUCUGAUAGUGAGUGAUAAAUACCUAGUUAUUAUUUAGUAUUUUCAUGGUAGAAUUUAUAUUGUAUUGCAAACUUUUUGUAAUUUAUAAUUAUAUGUAUAUAUAACUAAAAAUUAUGAUACUUUUUGUAAAUAAAAUUUGACUUCAAUAUUUCCUGAUAAAAGCUUUAUUUUUAUGUCUGGGAAACUUGAUAUUCAGUAUCAAUCAAAAUGACAAGUUAGUCAUAAUCUUUUUGCAUUGUAGGAUUGUCUAGUUGUUUAAUCAAAAGCUCAAAUUAAUAAUUUUUGUGCGCUUGAUAUUUUAAGACUUUGCCAACCCACUGUCUUGUAAGUAGUUGUUAUUCAUAAAAAUAGUUUCAUGUUUUACAUAAUAACAUAUUUCUUUUUUUAUUUCUGCUUAUUGACUUUUCUUUUUAAAUAUAUUUUUUAAAACCAUAUGAUAAUAGUUAUUGUUGUGAUGUAGUUAACCAAAUGAAGAUACCAAACAGAUAGAAGUUAAUAAUAAAUUUCAAAAUGUAUAAAAUUUAUGUCAAUAAAGUGAUUUUUGUACUUGUGUUAUAUUC